AUGUUGGUAUCAUUACAAACUCAGGCAUCACCAAGUUUGCAUUGCAGCCGCAACUACAACUCGGUUGUUUACGAGCUGCUAACUACAGUUACAAAAAACUUUGCCGAGCUGAAGACUAGCGGCAACAACCGCGCGUCAAACAGCACACUUUCACUAACACCGACUGACCAACACAGAACAAUGGCUUUGCGCAAACGCCGCUCAGGUUCCGACGGCAUCGGCCCCAGGACCCCCCAGGCCGCGUUGCCAGCACCGAAAACGGGCGGGCUCACUAAGUUCAUGACGCGCGUCAUUGUGGGUUUUGCCAUGAUCGUUGGCUUUAUCGCUAUUCUAUACGGCGGUCAUAUGUACGUCUGGGGGCUUGUAGUCGUGCUUCAGACGCUACUUUUUCGUGAGCUGGUAAAUGUGCGCUAUCGGGCCGCAGCUGAGAAGAACAUUCCAUGGUUCCGCUCUGUGCAGUGGAUGUGGUUCGUUGUAGCACUUUUUUACAAUUACGGCGACUCGUUCGGUGCCUUUAUAGAGAGCAGCAAAAUUCGCUUUGUGCCCGACGUCAUCGUGCACUAUCUGCGUUAUCACACGUGGGUCUCAUUCACCAUGUACGCUUUGCUGUUCGUCAUGUCCGUCCUGAGUCUUAAAAAAGGUUAUUACAAGUAUCAAAUGGGCCAGUACACGUGGACAAUCGUAACCCUGGGCUUAAUCGUCUUUCAGAUGAAGUAUGUGCUUACCAACAUUUUUAACGGUCUGUUUUGGUUCCUCUUCCCCGUUUCGCUGGUGAUUUGCAACGAUUGCUUUGCAUUUUUUUCUGGAAAGCUUUUUGGACGAAAAUUUAUCAAGACUCCAUUUCUUCGCUUGUCUCCCAAUAAGACAUGGGAAGGGUUUAUUGGUGCGUUCGUUUGUACUAUGGUCUACGCUUUCUUCUCUAGCGCCUUUAUCUCGCAGUAUUCAUGGUUGACCUGUCCAGUCGAAAGCUUUGAGUUCAAGCUGGUUGCCGACCCCUUGUCGUGUACGCCGCGAGAUGUGUUUCUUUCGCACUAUUAUGAUCUACCUACUUUCAUAGAGCGUAUCAUUGGUCAAAGCCAGGUUCGACUUCUUCCGAUUCAGCUCCACUCGUUUUGGUUUGCAAUUUUUGCUUCAGUUGUGUCACCCUUUGGAGGCUUCUACGCGUCGGCUAUAAAGCGCACGUACCACCUUAAGGACUUUGACUCUGUCAUUCCGGGACAUGGUGGUGUCAUGGAUCGAUUGGACUGCCAACUGAUCACAAAUUGUUUCACGACAGUUUACUUUAACACCUUCAUUCGUUCGCAGUCGCCGUCUGUGGCGCUAAUUCUCAAUCUCGUGAUACAAUUGACAGACGACCAGAAACAGGAUGUGCUGAGGGCUAUUCAGGAGAUGCUCCAAGGUCUGCGCGUCCAAAAUCUACCUGCCGCAUUGUCGACGAAUGCAAUCACAUCGCUUCUAUCCCACUAUGGAGCCAUUUGUGUCCGUGUGCUGCAAAACAGAAAUGCAGCCUCGAGCGGUAAGGAAUCAGGAACUAAACCAUCACAACAUUCUCAAAAGGCUGUUGCGGUAUUUUCGACGAGAGCAAUUCAGCAGAAUGCGCAACAGCGCCUCAAUUCGUUAGAAUUAGCUGGUCACCGCCUGCUAGUAGAAACAUUUGGCGACGGUGCUGCGAAGCAGUCAAAAGAAAAAGAAAAGGAUAAAGAGACCGGUGGGGUUAAGAAUAAUGACAUUAUAAGCAGACAACCUCCACUACCGAUAGGUUUGCCACCGCCACUACCACGACCAGCUUUGCUAAAACUUUCCUAUACUCCAGCGCCGUUGGCUCCGCAUCUUGGAUUUAACUAUGCGCCGUCCCCAUUGCUUGCAUACAAGUAUCCAAAGGCUACUGAGAGUAUUGUUUGCAAUAUUGCUAACGCUCUGAUUGCGUUGCCCCGAUUCUAUACUCAAGUUCUUCAUCUUAUGAACAAGAUGCAUCUUCCGCCGCCAUUCAAGAAAGAUGCGAUUCCAGGUCGAUUUACACUUAAAAAUGUCGUAAGCUACGAAAACGAAACUAAGCAAUGGAGGAGCUCAAAACGUCGUAAGACCGACUCCAGUCACAACACUCAAAUGGUCGAAGAAGACGAGGAGGAUCGAGAGGAGGUCAUUGACAGUGCAAUAGGGCGUACCACUAGAGGUCCCGAAGCGCAACCACAACCAGAGCCUCAUCAGCUAAGUGAGCAUUUGCAUAAUCGAGCGACAUUGAAUAAAACUGAUCGGGAGCCGUCACAUCGAAGUAAUAUUUCCUUCGGAGAGCUGCUUGGAAAGCCCCUGACACGUCCGCAUAAAUUGCUUUCGAGAAGUAAAAGUACCUUCCACGCGGCAUUUCGAGUUCGGACUGAAGACCACCAAGAAGCACAUCGAUCGAAUCGUCUAGGUGUUAUCUCAACUAACGAAGUUAAUCGGCAGCGAAUAACACCUGAAGAAAUAUCAAAAGAGCCGCUAAUGGAGUCCUACGUUCGUGGUUUGCCAUCGAGUAAAAUUAUUGUGAAGAAUGUCGCACGUGAAGUGGAUGAGAAAGAUUUGCGCUGGAUAUUCGGUUACGUUUUACCGAUGCAUAUGGAGCUGGAUUUGAUCAAGAUCAAACUUCUUUCUGCAAGAUGUGAGGCCAUAAUUGAAUUUCCUGAUCAGCAAGUGGCAACAGCAGCAGUCAAUGUGCUGCAUGGUGUUCAGCUAGAAGGGAAGACGCUGAUUGUGGCCUUUCACAACUCUGCGGAAAAGUUCUUGACUGUGAAAAUUAAACAUUGGACUUUGGAAGAGUUAGCAAGAAAACGCUUGUCUGAUGCACAUCUCAUUUUGGAAAGGGCCAUGAAGAAUUACCAACGUGGGGAGCCAUCCUGUUCACUAUAUGUGAAGAAUCUCGCCAAAACAGUUGUACUGGCUGACCUUAUCGCUGUCUUUGGCGCUGUUCUGCCACAUGAAUUUGGACUAGAAACCUUAGCAAUCCAUCACUUCACUGAAGGUCGAUUAAAAUGUCAAGCAUUCGUGACAUAUCCUACGGUUGAUGUUGCUUCAAGCGCCAUGCUUCAUGUUCAUGGUGUCGUACUAAAAGAUAAACCGAUGAUUGUGUGCUUUCGUAAAUUUCAAAAGACCCAACGCUGA